AUGGCGCCUGGUUUCAAUACCAAAUCUCCCACGUUGAAGCGCAUCAUGAAAGAAGCCGCUGAACUCUCACAACAUCCAUCUCCAGACUAUACAGCUUCUCCAGCUUCAGAUACCGAUUUAUUCGAUUGGCACUUUACAUUGCGCGGCCCCCCAUCCUCAUCUUUCGCCGAGGGUAUCUAUCACGGACGCAUCGUUUUGCCUCCCCAAUAUCCUCUUCGACCCCCUUCCUUUAGAUUCUUGACGCCCAGCGGAAGAUUUGAGGUGAAUCGUGAGAUCUGUUUAAGUAUAAGUGGACAUCAUGAGGAAACAUGGCAGCCUGCGUGGGGAAUACGAACUGCCUUAGUAGCUCUCAGAUCAUUCAUGGAAACCAGUCCUUCGGGGCAAUUGGGAGGGGUUGAUGCGAGCGAUAGCGUUAGAAAGAGAAUAGCAGGGGAGAGUAGGAGGUGGAAAUGCGGCGUUUGUGGUGGAAGGAGCUGCGAGGAGAUUUUAGGAGAAGCAGAACAACUUGCAAAGGAAUUCGAGGGUGAAGGGACGAGUUCUAAGAGAGAAGAGGAGACGGUACCACCUGACAUGCAAAUCGGGCUAAAGAAGGAGACUAAAGCGGAGACGGGAUCAAAGCAGGAAUUGGAUGGAGGGAAUAGUAAAUCCACGGAGGAAGUACAGCUGGAACAGGCUGAGAGUGAGUAUCCAUCUGCGAGGCCAGCGCAAACGGUACCUCAACCCACAGCUACGAUACCACUUGCUCAGAAUCCUCAACCUCAAAGACAAAUGGCACAAGCUCGUGUUCAGUCAGAUGAAGGUGUACCCGUAUGGGUUGAUCGGGCUAUUGCUGGGAUAGUUUUAUGCUUAGUAGUCAUGGUUUUGAAGAUGCUAUUGGGGAAAUAA